AUGACGGAAGACUCUGCUCUUGAAGGCGCGCUCAUUGUGCCGAAGCUUUUCAUAGAGACACAACAUAAUGACCGCAUCUUGGACCUCCAGUUUGACUUUUAUGGUAAAAGACUGGCGACGUGUGCGGCAGACGGUAAAAUCAAAGUGUUUGACUGCAGCAACGCUGGUUUAGGGAGUGGUGCCUUGAGUUCCGCACGACUCGUAAGCGAGGUGCAAGCGAGCACAAGUGGCCCUGUAUGGCAGGUUUCCUGGGCGCACCCGUGCUUUGGAACAGUUCUAGCGUCCUGUGGCUUUGAUGGUCGCGUGAUCGUAUGGGCGGAGCAGGAGCCUCCGCCUGCUGCUUGGCCGGGCGGGGCGCGCUCACGACCGACUCCAGGACCCCUGCUGCAACCUAUUUACGAACACCGGGCACAUGAACCGGCUUCCGUGAACGCGGUGGCUUUCGCGCCCCCGGAAUAUGGUCUCACGCUGGCGUGUGCUGCCUCAGACGGUCGCGUUUCCGUCUGUCGACGCGAUGAGCGCGACGGAAGUUGGCGGGUCGAAUGGGUUGCUGAUCCCGCAACUGGCAUCGCGCACAAGCUCGGAGCGACCUGCUUAUCCUGGGCACCUGCCGGCAAUAUAAACAGCACGCUCGCUGAGCAGGCCGCUGACGCAGCGGGCACUUGGUCACCGAUGCGCCUUGCCACCGGUGGUUGCGACCACCUGGUACGGAUAUGGAUCUACGAUGCAUCCUCCGAGUGUUGGCGCAUCGAAGGCGACGGCGUGUCCUCGCCCCGAAGCGGAGAACUCCCAGGUCAUACCGACUGGGUACGUGCGGUGGCCUGGUGCCCAAGUCGCAGUGCUGGUCAAGUCCUCGCAUCCGCAGGUCAAGACGGCCGAGUGCUCAUCUGGCGGCGUGUACCGAGUGGAGCUCAUGGAGAGGCAGCGAAGCACGACGGCGGUCAGUGGAGCUAUGUAGAGCUACCACGCUUCAAGGCACCAUGUUGGGGCCUCAGCUGGAGCACCGCAGGUCUGUUUCUCGCUGUAUCCUGUGGCGAUCAGACGGUAUCUCUCUGGAGGCAGCUGCCUUCAGGCGAGUGGAAGCAGAUCGCCGAGGCAUCGGAGGCUGGAGCGCAAGCGAUUCGUGACCGGGAACGCGCACAAGCACAGCAGGAACUGGGCUCCGCUGCCACGGCGUCUACUGCAUCUGCUGGUAGUGUGCCGGCGUCGCUGCGGCAGAGGGCCCCCAGUGGACCGGUAACACCGCAGUUGGCACACAUGUCGCCAGCGGUAUCGCCUGGAUCACACCCAGGUGCAGGCAAUCUGGUGCGUUCGGGUUUCGACUCCAGUUUCGCUGGUGCAGGUGCGAGGUUCCCAGGUAUGCCUCCUGCCUCUGUGACGUCGCAGGUUGCCGCGACGAAUCAAGUACCUGUCGCGGGCGCACGGACGUCGGGGUCCUUCGUUCCUGCGGCAGGGAUCAUGCCACCGCCACCUGGAACGACGAGUGUUUACGCUAUGAACGCUGCCGCCUCUGGUGCCAGAGGUUUGCCCCCGGGCUUGGCCUCGAACGCGAGCGGCAUGGAGCGUAGCGUGCCUCCAGCGCCAGCGGCAUUCUCGCCAAACAGCACCCAGCGAGCACCGCCCGCCUAUGGUGCCGCACAGGUGGGUGCGUUUCCGCAACCGCCACCGUCGCCGGCAGCGCCACCCGUUAGACCAGCGCCGCCUCCGCCUUUACCGGGAAUAGCCACUCCUGUGCAGAGCAAUGCGGGUGCUUUUGCUGGACAAGCUCCGCAGUCGUCACUGACAUCGCCGCUUAUGAGGCCGCAGCCUCCCCCGAUGUCUCGAAGUGGAUCAACUGCCCUGCACGCUCCGCAGCAGGCGCCUGCUGUACCAAGGUCGCAGGUUCCGGCGUCGCCUCGAGUGAGUGCUGCAUCCAUGUAUUCGGGAGGCGCGCCUCCGCUGCCGCCACCGAUGACGACGACGACGACGAUGACUUCUGGUGCACAGUCGCUGCCGAGUGCGUCAAUGCCGUAUCCUAUCGGUCAAGCGGGCCAUCCAUGGAGCUCCUCGAUGGCACACGCGGGUACCGGCGCGCCUAUUGUGCCACCGCCGCCGCUGGUUGCUCAACAGCAGCAGCAGCAGCAGCAGCAGCAGUUUUCCUCUGGUUCGCAGGGCGUAGCACGCCAAGGAAUGGUGCAGUCGGGAGCACAGGGUCCCUGGUCUGGCGCCCUGCAAGGGCGACAGCCGCCGCCACCACCACCACCACCACCAUCAUCAUCAUCAUCGAGUACCUAUCGUUAA